UGAAAUUCUGAUUGGAAACGGUGUGUCGAAGCUGCGUCGGCUCGCGUUGGGAAUUCGAUUCGUCUCUUCUUUGAUUUUCCCCAGUGCACUGCGCAAACCGGAACUCGCUGCCAUUGAAUUGUGAAUUUAUCGUUAACGCUUGCUGCAUUUGUGCAAUGCAAAGGCGAUAAAACGCCGCGACAAGUCGCUGUUCGGUGCUAACAGCAGCAGCUCCAAUCUCCAGAUCCAGAAGAACAACACAAACAACAAAUAACAACAAAAUAAAAUGGCGCACCAGCAGCAACAACAACUGGCUCCAUCGGUCAACUGUUCACUGGACGAUAUCGAUCUGACGGCCCUAAAAGAUCCAGCUGGCAUCUUUGAACUCAUCGAAGUGGUGGGCAAUGGCACCUAUGGUCAGGUCUACAAGGGUCGUCAUACAAAGACUGGCCAACUGGCUGCCAUAAAGGUGAUGGACGUCACCGAGGACGAGGAGGAGGAAAUCAAGCUCGAGAUCAAUGUGCUGAAGAAAUACUCGAAUCAUCGCAACAUCGCCACCUACUAUGGGGCGUUCAUCAAGAAAUCGCCGCCGGGCAAGGACGAUCAGCUCUGGCUGGUGAUGGAGUACUGCGGUGCUGGCUCUGUAACGGAUCUGGUCAAGUCCACCAAGGGACAGAGCCUCAAGGAGGAGUGGAUAGCGUACAUCUGCCGUGAGAUACUGCGUGGCUUGGCCUACCUGCACUCCAACAAGGUCAUCCAUCGGGACAUCAAGGGCCAGAACGUUCUUCUCACCGACAAUGCGGAGGUGAAGCUGGUGGACUUUGGUGUCUCCGCCCAGUUGGAUCGAACGAUAGGACGGCGCAACACAUUCAUCGGUACUCCCUAUUGGAUGGCCCCCGAGGUCAUUGCCUGCGACGAGAACCCCGACGCCACGUACGACAAUCGCUCCGAUCUGUGGUCGCUGGGCAUCACCGCCCUCGAGAUGGCUGAGUCACAGCCCCCGCUCUGCGAUCUGCAUCCGAUGCGAGCCCUCUUCCUAAUCCCCCGCAACUCUCCGCCGCGCCUCAAAUCGAAGAAGUGGUCCAAGAAGUUCCAUGGCUUUAUUGACACGGUGCUAGUGAAGGACUACCACCAGCGGCCUUACACCGAGAACCUGCUGAAGCACGCCUUCAUCAAGGACCAGCCCACAGAUCGCCAGGUGCGCAUCCAGCUGAAGGAUCACAUCGAUCGCUGCAAGAAGCGCAAGCAGGAGAAGGAGCGCGAGGACUACCGCUACUCCGGCUCCGACAACGACGACGACGAGCCGCAGUUGGCCGGCGAGCACAGCUCCAUUGUCCAGGCACCCGGAGGCGACACCCUGCGUCGCAACUUCCAGCAGAUCCAGGAGGGCCGACUGGCCGCCGAACAGCAGCAACAGCAGCAGCACCACCAGCUCAUGGCCCAGGCCCAGGCUCAGGCGGCAGCUGCCCAUGCCGCCGCCCAGGCCCAGGCUCAACUGCAACAGCAACAGGCCGCCGCGGCGGCGGCAGCGGCCCAGCAUGCAGCCCAGCAGGCCCAGGCCGCCCAGCAGCAGGCUCAGGCCCAGCAGCCCCAAGCGAAUCGUCAACAGAAGCCGCAAUCGCGCCAGCAACAGAUCGAGGAACCUGGUCCGCCGGCAAGACCGCCACAGCGCCUGAUCGUGGUGCCGGAUCCGCCGCAUGCCAAUCGGCCAUUGCCACCGACCCCCAAGUGCGGGGAGCCGGCGGGACAGACCGCGCAGCAGCAGCAGCGUAACUCGCAGAAUAACUUCAAGCCAUCGUUACCACCAAGGAGACCUGAGCCGCAGCCCCAAACAGCUGCCGGAUCCAACCAGCAGCAGCAGCAGGCCCAACCGGAGGCGCCUCCCCGCAACAACAGGCAGUCGGCAUCUGGAGUGGGCUCCGCGUCCGGUGGUUCCUCCAAACCGGCCGCUGCACUGCCACCACAGUCUGGAAACAAUCAUCUGGGACAGCCGGUGAAUCCGUUGGAUCCUCUGGACAGCAGCGAUUCGGAUAGUGAGCCGGAUGAGCCGAACGAUCGGGCAAGGAACGAUGGCACUCUGCUGGCCAGCGAUCCACCCAAGCCACUACCCGGAUUGGGACCCGUUUCCGAGGAUGGUAACACGACAACGCCGCUGGGACAUGGUAGCGGAGGACCUCCCAACCGGCCACUGCCCCCCACGCCGGAUGACGACGACCAGGCCGGCGAUCGUACGCUGAUCAUGAAGCGCAAACAAGAACAGAACGCGAAUCGACUUCAAAAGUCCGCCUCGACAUCCCAUGCUAGUGUCACGCCCCGUUCUGGAGUCACCCAUCCCGAGUCCCGCCUGAUGGAGGACUGGGAGUUCGAUCGGUUCUUCCCCAAGUUCGCCGCCACGGCCAGCCUUAGCCGGAGCUCCCAGCAGAGCACCCUCAAGGUGGAGACGAAGCUGCAGCGGGCCAGUGUGGCGGAGGCCAUCACCCGUCCGGUGCCGCGGGGCUAUCAGCCGUUGAAGGGCGGCGACCCGCCACCAGCCACAAGUGCCAGCCAAAGUAUUGCCAAAGAGAAGGUAGGAGCCGGAAGUGGUAGCGGAAGUUCCAGCUCCACAUCGACCACAUCGCACAAGCGCCAGGAAUCAGAUUCCAAGCUGCCGAUGAAUUUUGUACGCGGCUUCCGACGCGAAAACUCGGAUUUCUUCCCGCUGACGAAACGCUACUCGGCGGUGCUGAGUGGUGGAUCCACGGCCGGAGGAUCGGCUGGCCAGCAGCUGCAAUCGCCGCAGAUGGUGCAGGCCCAGAGGGCCAGUGCCGUGUACCAAAGGAACAGCAUUUACAACAGCAGUGCCAAGGAGAACAAAACGGGAGGGGGAACUGGAAGUGGAGCAGGAACUGGAGCAACGGCCUCCUCGGCAUCUGUGAAGGGUGCUGCCGCCAAGCCUGCCUCCAAAUCGUUGGUGAACUUCAACUUUAUGCGACCGCGUCGCGAAAAGACUGAAUCCGUGAUUGUGUUGCAAAAUGCAGCAGUUCGUGCCGCACAGCAGAGGCAACAACAACUGCAACAACAGCAGGAGCACCAACUGCAGCAACAGCAGCAGGUAAACAACCGAGGAGGAGGCGGUGGCGGCGGCGGAGGCGGAGGCGGUAGUGGCGUCACCAGCGGAGUGGGAGCCGAUGGCCUGGGCACUCCUGGAACCCGGACCAGUAGCGUCCUGCCGGACCUGCUCAGCCAGGCAUCGCCGGCAACGCCACCACGCCAUGAUAAAUCAUCCAGUGAGGAGUAUCAAGCGGCCAUUAGCUCAUCCGUGCAUUCCACGCCAUCGAAAUCGUUUAUUGCCACCAGCGGCAGCGGCGGCAGUGGAGGUGGCGCCACUGGCGGCCACGGCCUGGGGGGCGGUACCGUUGUGGGCGGGGUGAUUAUCAGCGCCAGCAAUCAUUCACCCCAAUCAACGAUAUCGCUCGCCUCGUCGUCGUCGAACUCGCGCCAGAACUCGCCCAAGAACUCAAUCAGCAAGACGCGCUCAUCCAGCAGUAUUACUAAUCUCUUGCACAAAUCUGCUUCUUCCUCCUCCGCGAACCUACACAUGAACCACCUGACGCCCUGCUCCUCAACAUCCUCGGCCUCGGCCUCGAAUCCCCUGCCCCCGCACGCCUAUGCCCUCCAACAGAAGCAGCGCAGCUUCCUGACCUUCGGAUUUGGGGCUGGCGGUUCGGGUCCAUCGCGCCGGGAGUCUCAUGUCAAUGUCAACGUGACACCCACCUCCCAUGAAGCGGCCAACGAUACGCCCGAGAUCCGUAAGUAUAAGAAGCGGUUUAACUCGGAGAUCCUGUGCGCGGCCUUGUGGGGCGUCAACCUGCUGAUUGGAACCGAGAAUGGACUGAUGCUCCUGGAUCGCUCCGGCCAGGGAAAGGUCUAUCAGCUCAUCUCGCGACGUCGUUUCCAGCAAAUGGAGGUGCUAGAGGGCCAGAACAUAUUGGUGACCAUAUCCGGCAAGAAGAACCGAGUGCGAGUCUACUACUUGUCCUGGCUCAAGUCAAAGAUCUUGCGCACUGACGGUCUCUCCGAUCAAGUGGAGCGUCGCAAUGGGUGGAUCAAUGUGGGUGAUCUCCAGGGUGCUGUACAUUUUAAGAUUGUCAAAUACGAGAGGAUUAAGUUCCUAGUGAUUGCAUUAAAAGACUCUAUUGAAAUUUAUGCAUGGGCUCCCAAACCAUAUCACAAAUUUAUGGCAUUUAAGAAUUUUGGUGAAUUGGAACAUCGCCCGCUUUUGGUCGAUCUCACAAUUGAGGAUCAGUCAAGACUGAAAGUGAUCUAUGGCUCCGCCGAGGGUUUCCAUGCGGUUGAUUUAGAUUCAGCUGAAGUAUACGAUAUAUAUCUUCCCAAACAUACUCAGGGUGCAAUCAUUCCGCAUUGUAUUGUGGCGCUUCCGAACUCAAAUGGCAUGCAACUGCUGCUGUGCUACGACAAUGAAGGCGUCUAUGUUAACACUGUGGGUCGUGUUUCCAAAAACAUAGUGCUGCAGUGGGGCGAGAUGCCCACAUCAGUGGCCUAUAUCGGCACUGGACAAAUCAUGGGCUGGGGCAAUAAAGCAAUAGAGAUACGUUCCGUCGAAAGCGGCCACUUGGAUGGUGUUUUUAUGCACAAGAAGGCGCAGCGCUUGAAAUUCCUUUGCGAGCGCAACGACAAAGUAUUCUUCAGCAGUGCCAAAGGUGCUUCAUCGUGUCAAAUCUACUUCAUGACGCUCAACAAGCCGGGCAUGGCCAACUGGUAAAGCGGAGCUCCGAUUCGGGGAGACUCCAAUCUCGACCACCGGCGAACAAAACCACAUUUUAUCUUCUUAUUUUACCCAACACAACACACACAAAUGAAAGUAUCUAAAAUCGAAAAAAAAAACCCAUAACGAUGAUAAUUAGAUGAUUUAAGUGAAGAGUGCAUAAUACCGAUUAAGUGAGAGAUAUCCUACACGAUCAUGAACUUGUGCUUAUGAGAAAUUCAACCAUGACAACGUUUCAAUUAGUAAAUGUGCUAAGCAGGACUCGACCAACUGGUGCACAUCGAGUCUAUAUAAAUAAUCUACUUAAUAUUUAGAAGCGGACAUUUAAAGCUCACUCGCCGAGGUUUUUCGUCAGAUCUGGUCAGAAAUACUCCUGCGUGAGAAUCGCAGGAUCGCAAUUAAAGCAAUCUAUUAUAACCCUUUAUCCUUUUGAUGUAUGUAUAUUGACGUUACAUAACACUCGGAACAAGCUAAUCACAUCCGGAUUAUGAGCUAAUGAUUUUCAUAUUUUGCUUAAAAGUUAAACUUAUGUUGAAAAACAGCAAACCGAAAUAGACCCACACAUUACAAACAAAAAUAUGUAUAACGAAUUUUCUAAACAGAAGCAGAAGAACGUAUAUAUACAUAUAUAUAUAUAUAUAUUAAUUAUAUAGUAAUAGAUAUAUGCAGUUAGUUUUUGUUCUUGAUAUUAUCAGAUAGAAUUUAUUUGUGCGUUUCUGAUGAUGAAUUAAAUGUUAGUGGAGAGCGAGCGAGAGCCGCGGACAAUUAAAUAUAUAGAAAUAUAUUGUCUGAGCUCAUUUUAAUGGAAAGCGAAAACAAAACCCACAUAAAACGCCAUUGUAAAAACUAAGUGAUAAACAACAAAAAAAAAAUUAAAUAAUUGAUUAUAUGUAAAAUAAAUCCGAAAAGCAACCGGAACAGAGCAUGCUUGCGAGGAUAUCUAAUGCGAGGAAAGCUACCUUAAUAACAAAAAAAAAAAUAAUAUUUAAAAAUUUUUGGAGGGAAUUACAAACGAGAAACCUAGUUAAGCUGCAUUUUUUACUGAACUUUUAUACAAAAAGCAAAGAAAAAAUAUAAAAGAUAUAAAAAACAAAUGAGGAAAAUUAAACCAAAA